UUUAUUUAGUUUAGUUUUGAUGUUAAUUUGCGCGUAGAUGUGCAGAUACAUUCUUACAUGAUUAAUAUAAUUUAACUGUAUAAGACGUAAUUCUACCACAAUUUUGUUGUGUUUUGCGUACUAAAUGCAUGUUUUACAAAGGUGGGGCAUACUCUAGGUAUCACCAACUCUUGUCGUGCUAAUAGUGCCCUACAUUUACGUACCUUUACAAAUGGAAGAAAGUUGUGUGCUUAAAUCAUUUCUUUUUAAAGGAGUGACUUAAUAUUAUAUUCUCAAUUUCACAUAAAUAUGGUGUCGGUUUAAGAAAAAAAAACUGUUAUGUAUACUUUGAUAGAGAUUCUUUUAAGCCUAGGAGUGCUUGCCACUCUUGUCACCGUUUUAUCGGCCUGUGUUUGCGGUUGCAAAAAUUCUAAUCAGAAAAGUGAGUUGGUUGGCACAGCCGGAGUGGUCAAAAUCCAUUUGGAUGAGGAGGCCCCAUCUCCAACACCGACCACUCCAGCAUCUAUUAAGCGGGCAUCUACACAAAACAGCCAAAGGAGUCUUCCGGAAAUUCCACAUCCAGUCGGAAGACAUGACAGUGGUGAUACAGCAUCAGAAAUAUAUGCAACUGUCAACUUGGAUGAAGGUAAUAAGGUUGCCGCAACUGCGUCGUCAAGCAGAGAUCACCCGUAUGAGCAUGCAUAUGCCAAGUUGCAGAAUGAAAGUCAUAACAUAACCGUUGAAAUAACAACUGACCCAGAAGACGUGGAAAUCCAGAUAGAUGAACGAGAAGCGACAACAUCCGGGGCUGAAUCAGCUCCAAUAUCAGCAUCGGUGGCAAUAAGUGGGCAGUUGCCGUCGAGUCAAGAGUUACCCUACAUCACCCCACCGUCACCCAGGCCUACUACGGAUACAACUACGCACUUUAGCGGCGACUCUACUGACUCUGCUAAGGGUUACACUAGUAUAUCGGUUCGAGAGCCACUUAGCAAUAUAAGAGCACAGAGCAUGAAACCUCCAUUACAACCGCACUACGCCACCGUCUCUGAUGAUUCAGAUGAAAUGUACGCUGCGAUAGAGGAAGCGAGCGUCGGCGAAGGGUCGGACACGUACGCGCAGAUCGCGCCGGACCCCCGCACGCGACGGACCCCCAACCCCGCGGCGACCCCCGCGACUCUCGCGACCCCCGCGACCCCUGCCGCGGGGUUAGCGCACCACCUCGCGCCCGCUGCCAACACCGUUACGCACGAAGUGGCUAUACAUAGCAGAAGAAGCGCACCACCUGAAAUUGGAGCAUCCACUUCAAAUGCAACACACUCUCGUCAAGCGUCAAUGUCGUCAUGUUCGAACUCAGCGGGUGCGCUCGGUUCGCCGAAGCCGGAGAAGCGGCAGGCCAACUCGCCGCUACCCCCACCACCGGAUACCAAACACCAUCGCAUAUCUAGCGCAGGCGACCUACACUUCAAUCACGACAAGCUCAGAAGGAGUCUCAACGAGAAGCACCAACGCAACAACAGCUGCGUCAGUUCCUCCGACUUCUACGGUUGCAACUAUCCCGUAGAAAAACACCGAUUCAGCUCCGGCGACUUGAUGCGGCCCCUCGUUGCUAAAGAAUUAAACUUCGAUAUAGAUCAGAAGGAUAAUGCCACUGAUAAUUUGUACAAUUCCAUAGAUGGCCCCGGAUUCAGCGAUUAUUCAUCAGCCGACGCCAACACGAGUAUUAAUUCUGAAAGAGCAACAGAGAGCCCUUCCAGAAACGUCGAAGAAAUGUAUGCGAAAGUUAUGAAGAAGGUCAAAGCAAAGGAGGAAGCGAACAGUGGUAGAAAGGUAAAAGAUGUCGACGCAGAUAAAAGCACGUUAAAGUUCCGCGCCGACGAUCCGGGGUAUGAGACGAUCGAUCGAAAGCAGUCAGUGAACCACGGCUAUGAAACUAUAUCGAGAAAGGAACGAAAGAGUUCCCAGAACCAAGACCCUGGAUACGAAACAGUCAAGGAAAUCAAUAAUGUCGGACAAACUUCAAGCUUCACAAACAAUAAUUUAUUAAAAGUAAGCCAUCUUAUGUCUGAUAGUGGACCAAAUAGCAUAAUAAGUAGCGACCCGGGUUACGAACAUAUAUCGAAAACUGAUAACAACGCCUCAGAUUCGGAUCCAAAUUACGAAGUCUUAAGGAACCAAUCACCGACUCCACCAUACGCAACAAUAGCUUCUAAUUACAAAGUACAACCCACUUAUUCUACAGUUAAUAAGAGAUCAGGUAAAUACAAUAGUUUGCCGAACAAUAAUGAUGAAGCGGCAGUCGAACCAAAUUACGAAUCAAUGACGAAUGACCCCAUUUACACUACUGGAAGUGAAUCAGACCCCAACUAUGAAUCAGUGAGACCAAAAGAGCCCAACUACGAAAGUGUUAAUACUCACGAUCCUAAUUAUGAAUCCUUGAGGUGUAAGGAUCCGAAAUACGAGUCAGUUCGCUCCAAUAACUCAAGGUAUGACUCGGUUCGGUCUAAAAAAGAUCCGAACUAUGAAAGUGUUAAAUAUUUUGAACUAUCAAAGAAAGAUCCGCCUUACGAAAAAGUUCACAACCAAGCCAACAGUUCCGGUGUCGAUAGAUCUGAUUCCUCAGCAGGCUACGAGAGAAUCAACAUUUCUAACAAUAGAGAACCCAAAAGCAGUAUUAACAAUGGUGCGGAUUGCACUGUAAGUGAUUACUUCCAAGUUUAAUACCAAAAUGUGUUUAUAUUUGUAAUUGAUAAACAAUCAUUUUUUAGGGUUAAUAUUUUUGAAUGAUAUACCUGCGUAGUAAUUUGAGAUUGUAUGCUUUUUAUUUAUUUACGCAAUGUUUUUAUGAAUACUUUUUACAAUUAAUUAGGACCUUAUUAUCGACGAUUUGCCAUACUGCUUAUGAUGGCUAGUAAAUAUUGCGCGUGGGAGAUUUUGAAAAGUAUUAGGAAAAUAAAUGUUUUGAAAGGAGGAAGUGAAUUAUAAAAAUGUAGCCACUCAAGUAAUAGACGCGGAUAUAUUUGCAGUUUCACAACCAGGACCUGUGACGGUGUGAAAAUUCCCUUCCUUAGAAAUCUGUGAUAUAUAUGUGGAUAUUAUUUGAAGUCAAUUUUGGUUCUUUUACCUCAAAAUUAUAACCAAUAACAUGAUGUUUCCGUUUGGAAUUUGUAAUCUCCAUUUUAUUAGUGUGUUCAUAACUAUAUAAAUAUACACAGCUAAUAUUUAAGAGUGUACUGUGUGUACAAACUUAGAUUGUAUAUAAACGCUACUUAGAUUAUAUAGGUAUAUAGUGAAAUAACUUUUAUUAAAAUUAUUGAGUAUGACACAUAGUGUCGUUAAUAAUGAGCCUCAGUCCAGUCCUUAUAUAAUAAUUUUAUAUAAUGCGUAUGUAUAGCAACUCGCCAUUAUAUUAAAUGAUAAUAAUUCACAAUAAUUUAUGUAACAUGACGGGUACACGCACAAGAGCUAUGCAUUUGAAAAAUAUCCAUUCCGAUUUGAUUUUCAAUUUUAUUUCGAUGAGAUGAUUCAAAUGUAUGAAAUAUGGAAAUAUAAGUAUUAUUCAUAGGGUGAUUCUAAUAAUAUAUUUUCUAGUUGUGUAAGUUAUGUUUUAUCAAUGUUAUGUUUGUUAUUUUUACAACAUUAGAUUGUUAAUUUUCUUUAGAAAAUAUUUGAUCCGCAGUGCAUUAUGGUAAAUAUGAUGUAUAAGUAAGUACCUGAAUUUAAUAACAUUUAUACAAGUUGAGUUGAGAAAAACGACAAUGUCAAGGACGCGUUCUCAAUUCGACAAAAAAGGAUAUCCUUCGAUAAUUUUUAUGAUUCAAGAAUACUAUAUCAAAUAAAACUAAUAAUUGCAACAAGUUAAAAAAACAAAAACUUUAUCUCACCAAAGUUGGAAAAGUUUAGCUUGAAAUAUUGAUAUUUGAUAUUGUAAAAAAGUUCAACUUUACUUCACUCAAAAUUUAAUAUAUAGAGCUUCUUUCAGGAUUACUUUUCUAUUUACAUAAUUUUGUUUCUUAAAAAAUGCUACAGUAAAGCGAAUAUCUUAUUUUUAUUAUAUUGAACAUCGUCGAAAAUGAUCUUAGUGUUAUAAAUCUCAUAAAACAACGAAUCGUGUAAUUUCCACAUAUUUUGCUAUGCGUACGAGUUUUAACGUUUAGCAUUAGGGGGUUUUUGUUUUGUCAUUCUGGACGCGUGACACAUAAAGUUUUGUGAUAAAACGUCCAGCCAGCUCAGUAACUGGGUGCAAUACGUCUAUUUUGAGAACGCGUCAUUUAUGAAAGAAGAAACGUACUUAUUUUGAUGUUUUUGUUGAUAGCUCACAGCUUAUUAGCUUUUUAAGCUUUAGAUAACGCUGUUCAAAAAAUUGUCCAAUUUUAUUUGUUUAAAACAAGAAUUUGUAGUGAACACUAUUUUGCUAUAUAUCAAGCACUUCGCGAUUUGUAUGUCUUAAUGCUAAAAAUUUUAAACAAUAAUAAUCUUUGAAUAAAAAAUACAAUUUUUUACAAUUAACAUUACAUAAUAUCUUCUAGACUAUUGAACGUAUGAAUAUUUGUGAUAGUAUAUUAUGUAAAUGUAUUUGAUACAACGUUAUUCAGAUAAGUAAACUAUGAACCAAAAUCAAUUUCUUAAACCAUUUCACAAGUAUUUUCCAUUGUAAUCGCGAAUGUGGACCCUUUUAUUUUCCUAAUAGAAAUAUUUUUAGACUGAAAAAUGUGUAAUCAUUCCGAAAUAUACCAUGUAACCAUGAAAUACAAGUAUCAAUGCCAUAAUCUAAA